GAGUACAUUUGCGAAUUCUCUGUAGAAACUACAGUACACACACAGUUACACACACUGAAGCUGUAAAAAUACACACGUUCUGUCUUGGGCAAUGCGACAGCUGCUGUGAAACAAACAAUGGCUGAUCAAGAAAAUCUUGUUGAAGAUUCUCUCUCUGCUGCAUUUGGCAAGGAUGUUGAAGGGUUUAGAAGGAAUGAUGUUUUCGGUUCGAAAAGGCUUGUCAAGAUUGGUAAGGAGCUGUUGAUCGAUCUAAAACACCUAACUAUUGGCUCGAUGAUCAGUGAAGGCCCUUAUUCUAUUGUCUAUGAAGCACUAUAUAAUUCUGUUCCUGUAGCUGUCAAAGUAAUUCAGCCAGACAUCUCCUCAAAUGUUAGUCCUGAGCGCAUGGAAAAGUUUGAGAGGGAGGUUGUGAUGCUGUCCAGGGUGAAGCAUGAUAACAUUGUCAAGUUCAUUGGUGCGGCAAUGGAACCUGCUUUGAUAGUACUCACAGAGCUUAUGAAAGGUGGCACCCUUCAGAAAUACCUGUGGAGCCUCCGUCCCAACUGCCCUGAUAUGAAGCUUUCUUUGAAUUUAGCCUUGGGAAUAUCUCGGGCAAUGCAAUAUUUGCAUGCAAAUGGCAUAAUCCAUCGUGACUUGAAACCCAGUAAUCUACUCCUCACAGAAGAUAAGAACAAGAUCAAGCUAGCUGACUUUGGGCUAGCUAGGGAGGAGGCGGCUGGUGAAAUGACUGCUGAGGCUGGUACCUAUCGGUGGAUGGCUCCUGAGUUGUUCAGUAUUGACCCACUUAAACUUGGAGGGAAGAAGCCCUAUAAUCACAAGGUAGAUGUUUACAGUUUCUCAAUUGUUUUGUGGGAGUUGUUGACAAACAGCACUCCAUUCAAGGGGAGGGGCAACGUCAUGGUGGCAUAUGCUGCAGCUGCGAACCUAAGGCCUAACAUGGAUAACAUUCCAACGGAGAUUGUACCCCUCCUAAAAUCAUGCUGGGCUGCAGACCCUGCUGAUCGACCAGAAUUUGCACAAAUUACAGAUUUUCUUUCAAAGUUCAUUGCCAACAUGUGCUCAGUGCAGAAGACACUGCCGAAUCUUUUCGACACAGAACAUUCAAAGACGACAGGGGCUGAAGAUUCUCUAGUUGCGGUCGAAUGUUUGAGGAAGCGUAGGGGCAACAACAAGAAGAAAAGGAGUUUGCUGACUUGUUUCAGCAAGUGUGUUUGAUGUGGCUAUGGAUAUGGACUCCUGGGUCUGGAUGCGUGGACAGCUCAUCAUCCUGGACAUAAACUUGUGAUCAUCCUGAAUUAACUUAUGAUCUCAGUGUUGCUCUUUCCAAAAUUAGAUAAAAUCUUAAAAAAGCAUGACUUGAAACAUGAAGUUUGAAGCAAUUGCCUUGAGAUCAUAGGAUAUCAACCGAACAAGAAUCUUAGUGGUUAAAUUAGUGUAUGUCUUGUUUUAGCAGGUUUCCCGCCCUGAUUGAGGAACGAGAUCGGUGGCGGGAAAUGCAGAGAAAAAGAGGAGCUGCUGAGUAUAAACGGUAGUUCCAUAGGAGAAAUUGAAUUUUGCAGCAGACAUGAAGAAUCAGUUUUCAGCUAGUCCAUCUUAAGAAUGUUAAGAAGUUGUGUCAAACAUUUUUGUUGCGAUGAUAAAGAGUGUACAGAAAAGGUUAGAAACAGAAGAG